AUGGGGGGAGGAAUGGAAGCAAACAAGAACAAGUUCAUAGAGGAGUGGGGCUCAGCCAGAGAAAAUCUCGAGCACAACUUCCGCUGGACUCGCCGCAACUUUGCUCUUGUUGGCAUUUUCGGCAUCGCCAUCCCUAUCUUGGUCUACAAGGGCAUCGUCAGAGAUUUCGAAAUCAAUUUUCUCAAAUUAUGA